AAAUAACUGUGCAAUAAUGUUCACUUUAAAUGUGUACUGUUUUAUAAAUAAAACUAAAAUUAUAAAUAAUUAAAUUUAGAAUAACCACCUGUUCUCAAACAAUAAGUUCAAUAUUUCACGACAGAGGGCCUGUCAAAUGUAUUAUGUUUCAUAUGACGUUCUUUUGUUUACAAUCAGAAACUAAAUAGUUCAUUGUCAUUCGGUCUAGGUUUUAUGUUUAUGCGUUUGUGACGUGUAAACCGAAUUUGAUUAAUAGAAAAAAGUAUUUAAAAAAAUGGUAACCAAAUUAAAUGUGAAUAUACGAACUCUUUUAUCUAACUGUGAAGAAUUAUCUAAAGAUGAAAAUAAUUACUGGCGACUGCGAAAAUUUAUCAAAUCACUCGAUACCAUGAUAAUUGAAUUGCAAGAAUAUGAAGAUUCAUCAAGUAAUGCUAAAAUACCAGAUUAUGUUAAGAGAUUGGAGAAUUUAAAAUCCAUAACGAACUAUUCAGAGGCAACUACUCAGCUACGUUCUAAAAUUGGUGCAGAAUCUGGCGAUGACGUUAUCAAGGAAGUCAGGCAACUACAAAAUGCAAAGCAAUAUACAGAGUUAAGAAAGGAACUAUUAAAUGAGGACACGCUACGGCGUAGAAAACCAGAUGAUGCACAAACGGCUGAUAAUAUGAACGAAGCGGUUAAGUAUUACAAUGAAGCACAGGAAAAAAUUACAGAGCAUAUGCUUUCACUGACUCGUAAUCUAAAAGAACAGACAGAAACAGCAAAUCGUAUUAUUAAAAAGGAUACCGAAUUAGUGUCCCGUUCAACUGGUAUGGCGGAUCGAAACAUUAGUUCGUUACACAAAGAAACUGAAAAACUAGAAGAUCAUUCACGAAAUGCGUGGAAGUGUUGGAUGUGGAUAAUGAUUAUGUUCGUAAUUUUUGUAUUUAUUGGUAUGGUACUCUUUAUGAAACUAAUGAAAAAGAAAAAAGUUUAAAUUUAUAUCAAUUAUUAGAUUAAUACAAGUGAGUCGUACUAAAAUAUAUUUGUCAUUAAAGCAAUAAAUUCAUGUUAAGUGUUUAUAGAAGAA